UGAACCACAUGUUAAUAUUUGGAGAGACAACUGUACCAUUUCGUUAGGGGCCUAAUAGAGCCAACAGUGACAGGGGUCCUACCCUUGGGCUUCACAACUAGGCAUUUCAUAAGGAAAUCUGAGAGCUCACCUACAAGGAGGAGAAACACUUGUCCUGGGAAUGGCUGGUGUCUGGUUAUUGGUCAACGGCAUCCUGGUGGCAACUGCUGUGUUUGAGAAAGGACUCUGUGCUGGACCUCCAGGAAUCCAAGGACCCCCUGGGCCAAGAGGACCCGUUGGUCCAGUGGGACCUCCUGGUUUCCCAGGUGCACCAGGAAUGAGGGGACCUCGAGGACUGACUACAAAAUGCCCAUGUGACACAAAGUCUGCCUUCACCGUGAAGCUCAGUGGCAAGCUGCCUUCGCCUGCUGAGCCUGUCACCUACACAGAGGUGCUGUACAAUGGCCAGGGGGACUUAAAGGAGGAGACUGGGGUCUUCACCUGCAGACUCCCAGGAAAUUACCAUUUCCAGUUUGACGUGGAGCUUCAACACUGCAAUGUGACUGUCUGGCUGAAGAAGAACCACACUGCAGUCUUGGAAAAGCAUCAGGUCGCUACCAAGGAGUACAGGAACCUCGCUGGCACCUUGAUCCUGCCACUAGGCAUAGGUGAGAAGGUGUGGCUAGAAGCACAAGUGGAACCUGAGGAUCCUGACCAAGCAAGAGCUACAGUCUACUUCUCUGCUUUCCUGACAUAGUUUUGUCUCCAUAUAAGACAAAUGUGCCUCUUAUGAUUCUGCUGCUUACACAGAUAGGAAAACAAACAAGUAAAUAGCUGCUGUAUACCGUAUCUUGACCUCUUAAGCCUACUCGCCUUAGGAUUUUGAGAUCUCAGAAUUUUGGUAAAUAAAUCAUAUGUUUCCAUGAACAAACAAGCAGGUGUAGUCCAGGUGGAAUUGUGUCUUAGAAUUUUAUUUUAAGGAGUUAAAGGGCAGGUGUUUUGGGCAGUAGUUAAACUGAUGCCUGGGACACCCACAUCCUACAUCAGAGUACCUGGGUUCAAGUCCUGGAUCUGCCUCUGAUUUCAGCGUCUUCAUAAUGCACCCUCGAGAGGCAGCUGGUGAUGGCUCAGAUACUUGGGUCCCUGCCACCAACAUGGGAGACCCAGAUUGAGCUCUGUGAUUCUGGCUGAACUGGUGGAUGGAAGAUCUCGAAUUAUCAUUCCGUCUCUGCUUCUCAAUCUGUGUCUUUCAAAUAAUAUGAAAAUAAAUAUUUUAAAAAAUAAA